AUGAAUCUCUAUUGUUACACACCGAAGUACGUUGUUUAUCAAGAGAAAAAACUUCGAACAAUAAAAUCUCGAGUAUAUUCUGGAAAUAUUGAUAAUUUAACCAACGUUAGUGAGUUUUUAGAAGAAGAUUCUUCAAUCAAGUUUGAAGACAUUUCUGAAUUAGUCAAUGAACAUUCGACAAACUUAGAAAAAUUAUUUAACCAAUAUUUUCCUGAGGAUAUUCGAGUAAAUUAUAAGUAG